AUGCCCGAGGCGCGAACGAACGGCGAGUUUUGGGGAGCUACGCGGGGAGCUACGGGGGAGGCUACGCGGGAGAAAGUUCCGCAGACGAAUGAUGAAUUCCAGGGAGCUGCGCGGGAGAAGGAAGACGCGGCUCGAACGAUAGGAUUGAAAGACGCGGAAACGGGAGGGGGCAGGACUAAGUUAGAGACGUCUUUAAAACGGGAUGCUCCUAAACGCGAAGCGGAGGAGGCGGUUUUGGCGAUAGACGUGGGUACGGGCGGGACCAAAGCGGCUGUGGUGACGUGGCAUGGUGCUGUCGUGGCUUCUGCGUUCUGGCCGCACGCUCCGCCACGUGGCGCGGGUGAUGACGUGGCACAGGCGCGGCAGACGGCGGAGCAGGAGCCGUCUGAUUGGUGGAGAGCGGCGGCGGGCGCAGCUGGGGAGUGCCUGGCGCAACUGGAUGGGCGGAAGGGGGGGAGUGCGGGUGGGGAACGGGAAUGGGGUGGAGUGAGUGGAGAUGGGUUGAGUGCGGUGAGGGUGGUUGGUGUUGCUGUGACCGGUCAGAUGCAAGACAUCAUCCUGCUUCCCCAGGUACCACCUUCUCAG